GAUUCAGUCGAAAAAAGACCGUUGAUUGAGUUGGACGCGUUUUCAGUGCGAGGCUUUGUCGGUCGGUGUUUUCCGUUGUCUUGUCGGUGAAAAAUAAGAAUUAACAACAAAUCUAAAGUGGAGAUAAAUGAAUGCAAUUGUUGUCGGUUGUGUAAAUUACAUUAAACAUAAUUAAUAACUGGGCAGUCUGCGCGAAGUUAACGCCAACGCGACUGCGUUUUAUAGCCAGCAUAAUUCUGUUAAAGAGCGAAAAUAAAAACAACAACAACAACUUGAUUAUUCUUCGUCUAAUUAAAAAAGGUGGAAAAGCUUAAACAAUGUGCAGACAGUUGCUGGCUGAGGUCGCUGGCAGGACACAAAACCACAAGGAUAAUCAACAAACAGCAGCCAGUUAAACACUCACAAAACGACAACAACAACAACAACAGCUUUGGAAGGAGCAACAAUUACUUUUCUUUUUUGUCUAUGUACUACUAUAAAAACGAAAUGCAUUUUUGAAAGCGAUUAUAAAUCAAGGCAAUGCCCUCCAUGCAACUUUUGAUGCAAGCAGCUUAAAAGGCAAACUCAAAUACACUUACACAUUCACACACACACAUACAUACAUAUACACAUACAGAACACAUACACUUACACAACUUGACUGAUAGUUUAAAAAUACUAAUUACAACAAAACUGAAACAGAAACAAAAGCGAAAGCGAAAGCAAGAGCGGCAGCCAUAAACAAGAAGAGAGAAGAAAUCUUUUUUAAUUAUUAUUAAGUAAACAUUGCAACUCGAAAUAUGCCAAAUAUGUGUUGCUGCUAGACACGGUACAACAACAAGAGGAACAACAACAAUCACAGCAAGAACAAAUACAACAAUUACUACAAAAAAAGGAUAAACCAGACUCACACACACAAUGGGCAACAAAUGCUGCAGCAAGCGACAGGAUCAGGAAUUGGCUUUGGCCUAUCCAACGGGCGGCUACAAAAAGUCCGACUACACUUUCGGCCAGACACACAUCAACAGCAACAGCGGCGGCGUUGGAGGCGGCGUUGCGACUGGCCUUGGCCAAAAGCAUAACAAUGGCGGCUCCCUGGACUCACGCUACACACCGGAUCCGAAUCGCGGACCACUGAAAAUAGGCGCCAAGGGCGGCGUGGAUAUCAUACGAACGCGCACCACGCCGACAGCUGGUGUGCCUGGAGGUCUGCCAAAGCGACGCGUUGUCGUUGCUCUGUACGAUUAUAAAAAGCGCGAUGAGUCCGACUUGAGCUUUAUGAAGGGCGACCGCAUGGAGGUCAUCGACGACACCGAAUCCGAUUGGUGGCGCGUUGUCAAUCUGAGUACACGCCAGGAGGGUCUCAUUCCGCUCAAUUUCGUGGCCGAGGAGCGAAGCGUCAACAGCGAAGACUGGUUCUUUGAGAACGUGCUGCGUAAGGAGGCGGACAAGUUGCUGCUGGCGGAGGAGAAUCCACGUGGCACUUUCCUCGUGCGUCCCUCCGAACACAAUCCCAAUGGCUAUUCGCUAUCGGUCAAGGAUUGGGAGGAUGGACGCGGCUAUCAUGUGAAGCACUAUCGCAUCAAGCCGCUGGACAAUGGCGGCUACUACAUAGCCACAAAUCAAACGUUUCCCUCACUUCAGGCCCUGGUCAUGGCCUACAGCAAAAACGCCCUCGGUCUGUGUCACAUUCUGUCGCGUCCCUGCCCCAAGCCACAGCCACAGAUGUGGGAUCUCGGUCCGGAGCUGCGCGACAAGUACGAGAUACCGCGCUCCGAGAUACAGUUGGUGCGAAAAUUGGGUCGCGGCAACUUUGGCGAGGUCUUCUACGGCAAGUGGCGCAACAGCAUCGAUGUGGCGGUCAAAACGUUGCGCGAGGGCACCAUGUCAACGGCUGCAUUCCUCCAGGAGGCGGCCAUCAUGAAAAAGUUUCGACACAAUCGCCUUGUGGCUCUCUAUGCUGUCUGCUCACAGGAGGAGCCCAUCUAUAUUGUGCAGGAGUUUAUGUCAAAGGGCAGCCUUUUGGACUUUUUACGCGAGGGCGAUGGCCGCUAUUUGCACUUUGAGGAUCUCAUCUAUAUUGCCACACAGGUGGCCAGCGGUAUGGAAUAUUUGGAAUCGAAGCAGCUCAUUCAUCGUGAUUUGGCCGCCCGGAAUGUGCUCAUUGGCGAGAAUAAUGUGGCAAAGAUAUGUGAUUUUGGUUUGGCGCGCGUCAUCGCCGAUGAUGAGUACUGUCCCAAGCAGGGAUCGCGUUUCCCCGUCAAGUGGACGGCGCCCGAGGCCAUCAUCUAUGGCAAGUUCAGCAUCAAAUCGGAUGUGUGGUCCUAUGGCAUACUGCUAAUGGAACUGUUCACGUACGGACAAGUGCCCUAUCCGGGCAUGCAUAGUCGUGAGGUGAUUGAGAACAUCGAGCGCGGUUUCCGCAUGCCAAAGCCGACAAAUCAUUACUUCCCCGACAAUAUCUAUCAUCUGCUCUUGCAAUGCUGGGAUGCGGUGCCCGAGAAGCGGCCAACGUUUGAGUUCUUGAAUCAUUACUUUGAAUCGUUCUCGGUGACGUCGGAGGUGCCGUAUCGGGAGGUUCAGGAUUAAGCAGCUUUACACUCAGAUCAUCAACCAACAAAACAAACAAACAAAAAAGAAAUCAUGCAACCAACACAACACAACACACAAAAACACAUCUAUAAAUAUAUAUAUUUAUAAACGUUAUCUAUAUGUAACGUAAACAUUUAUACAUAUUUACUAUAAUUCUUAAGACUUUUAAAAUGGCAUACAGAGUUGCUUACAACCAACAACAACACUUACAUAACUCUAUAUAUGUAUGUAAUAAUGCGUAUAAGCGUAUAUAAACAAAUGUAUUUGCAAGCAAAAAACAACAACAAAACGUGAAUGAUGAAUGGAUGAAAUGCAACAUUUUACAUAUAUUUUACACGCGAAAACUAUUUUAUAAUUUAUAUACCUACUUGUAUGUACUAUGAAAAUAGCAAGUAUUUAACUAGUUUUGUAAGCUUACCAAAAGAAAACAAAAAGAUCUAUAACUAAACAAUUUAUGAAACGCAAAAACCAACAAACAAA